AUGUCCGAGCGCGAGACUAUCGUGGUUAUAGGCUCAGGUGUUGUCGGACUAUCGACGGCGCUAUGCAUCCAGCAACACCUUAAACCUUCCCAAUCCGUGCUUUUAGUAGCCAGAGACUUCCCGUCCGACACAUCCGUCAACUAUGCGUCACCGUGGGCCGGAGGACAUUAUCGUCCCGAACCCGGCUCCUCGCCACAGGCACUUCGAGAAGCAAAGCAGGCGCAACGAACCUAUGAAUUUUUCAAACGAAUCGCUGCCGAUGAGCCGGCAGCCGGUAUUCAGUUUCUCCAAGGCGUCGAGCAUCUCGAGGCUCCACCGCCGGAAUACCUCGAUCGCCAGAGUGUGCGCAAUGUCUAUUCCCAUCUAGAUGGGUUCCGGUACUUAUCGAGUGAUGAGAUGCCCGAUGGUGUGAAAUGGGGUGUUGAGUAUCGUACAUACGUCGUUAAUUCGCCCGUAUACUGUGCGCACAUGCUGCGAAAAUUCAUCUUGAAGGGCGGCAAUACAAAACGCUAUACCCUCGCGCAUUCGAAAGAGGCUUUCUCUCUAGCUGCGAAUGUCAGGACGGUGGUCAACUGCUCGGGUCUGGGCUUCGAGGAUCCGAAAUCAUUCAUUAUCAGAGGCCAAACAUGCCUCGUCCGCAACCCCGUAUCGGCAACUAUCACCCGCCAAAACACCGAUGGCUCCUGGUCCUUCUCUAUCCCGCGCCCGCUGGACGGAGGCACCGUCAUCGGCGGCACCAAGCAGCCACACGACUGGGACCCCAACCCGUCCCCAGCAACCAGGUCCCAGCUUCUCGCCAACGCAUCCAAGUGGUUCCCAUUUACCCCGGAGAGCGAGGGCAAAUUCGAUGUCAUCCAGGAUAUCGUAGGGCGACGGCCCGCCCGCGAAGGCGGCAUGCGCCUUGAAGUCGAGAAGCUGGGGAACGGCAAGCAAAUCGUGCAUUCCUAUGGAGCUGGUGGGCGGGGCUUUGAGCUCUCGCGGGGUGUCGCUGAGGAUACCGCUGCUCUGAUGCUGGAGAAUGGACUGUUGAGGGAGAAAGCGGUGUUGUAA